UCUAGUUUUGGUUUGAUACGUAUUUUCUUAGGUAGGAAUUUCCGAAAUUGCAACUUUCUUUUUUAAAUUUACAAAUAUCAGUAUUUUAGGGAAAGAAUCACAACUUUAGGUUAGGAGGAUUUCUAUUAAAAACAUGUCUGCUACAGAAGUCGACUUCGGACCUAGUCCAGAUGGGGACAACUCUGUAGAUACUGUUGACCGUGUAAGUGAUGAUUCGGAUGGGGACAACACUGUAGAUACUGUUGACUGUGACAAUGAAGUGACACCACGGCUAGUCAUUGCCAUAGACUUUGGAACCUAUGCCUGUGGAAUCGCCUUGCAGUGGAGAUCCGACUAUGAGAAUACCAACUGUUUGGAAAGUAUUAAGGUACCAACCAAAUGGUCAUCGACGGGAUUUUGCACCAGGAAGACACCGUCUUGCAUUUUGCUGAAGCCUGACAAAAGUGUAGCAGAAUUUGGUUACAAGGCAGAUUUCCAGUUUAGCAAAAAUGAAUCGAUUCCUGAAAGAAGACGUCCAAAAGACUGGAAAGACUGGUAUUUCUUCAGAUAUUUUAAGAUGCGACUCUACAGCGGAGAGGAACAACUGACAGUUGAUACGCCAAUGGAAGCUGCAAACGACAAACAUUUGCCAAUGGUAGAAGUUCUGUCUAAAACAAUUGGCUUUCUAAAAGACGAAGCUAUCAACAUGCUGAAAGAGGACGGUGUCGUGUACCCGGAAGAGGAAACUAAAUGGGUCAUAACUGUUCCCGCCAUUUGGAAUGAUCCCGCGAAACAUGUGAUGCACGAGGCAGCAGAAAUGGCUGGUAUCAUGGGAAAAAACUUAUCUAUUGCACUAGAACCAGAAUGUGCCGCGAUUUAUUGUACAACGCUUCCACUUGAUAAAAUGGAUGUCGCAAGUAAUACCAAAAAGACGACAAACAUUGCUGCUCCUGGUCAAACACUAAUGGUCGUGGAUAUGGGAGGCGGAACAGUUGAUAUAACUACGGUAAAAAUCAACGAAGACAAGACUAUGAAGCAAGUUUACAAAUCAUGCGGAGGACCUUGGGGUGGAACGAGGGUCAAUGAAAAAUUCGAAAUGUUCCUUAGAGACCUGAUUGGGCAAGAGACAAUAAGGACUUUUGUAGAGAAGCAUGCAAUCGACUAUUACGACCUACGAAUGGACUUCGAAAGUAGAAAGAGAGAGAUGAAAAGUUCGGAUGACCAAAUACCAAUUAAACUGCCAGAUUCACUCCGGCAAUUAUGGGAACGUGCAGAAGACAAAGAAAUUGAUGAUAUACUUGAAGGCAAAGAAAACUUCGGUAAUAUUGAAUUCAUGUCAGGUCGGCUUUUCUUGGAUGCAUCGAUAAUUCAGAAGUUUUUUCAAGAGACAAUCGAUGGUCUUCAAAAAUUCUUGAAAGAAGACGUAUUUUCUGAAAAUCCUAACGUUACAGUUGACUCUCUCAUUUUGGUUGGAGGCUUUGCGGAAUCAAGUUACGUGGUUCAUUGCUUAAGAGAGAGUCUAAAAGCACGUAAUAUUCCUGUUGUAAGGCCACAAUUACCUGAGCUUGCGGUAUUGAAUGGCGCUGUGCUUUUCGGUCAAAAUGAAAAAAUUGUCGUUUCUAGAGUUAUGCGUCAUACCUAUGGAGUUGCAAUGACAAUGGACUUUGUUCCAGAAAAACACAGAGAAGAUGAGAGAUAUCAGCUCGGACGACAGCUGAUGGCAAAUAAUGUUUUCAGAAAACAUGUUACUGUAGGGCAAACUGUCAAAAUUAGCGAAUGGGUCUCAUGCAAGGAAUAUUACCCUGAAAGUGAAAAAGAAACAAAAACUACGGUAUACAUUUUCACCUCUGACUCGGAAGAUCCAGUUCAUACAACAGACAAAGGAUGCACAUAUAUUGGCCAAGUUGAUGUAGAAUUUGGACGGGGAAGCGUGCCAAUGAAAAAGAAGGCUGUUACGGUGGAAUUUAAGUUCGGAGGCACCGAACUGAAAGUUAGAGCCCUUACAACAACUGGUAACAGAACACAUGUCAGAUAUCUGAAAGUCCAAUAGACAUUUCACCAGAAGCAGUCCAUGCAAUUUGUUCUGCUGCAUUGGUGGAUAUUUUAGUGUUAAACAUAUUACGUUACAUAAAGGGUACGUGCCCCGAUUUACGUUGAAGAUGCAAAUAAAUUUCCAUUAUUUAGCAAUUGCAGUAAAUAUUUACAAUGAUCUUGUGAUCGACAUCUGGUCGCAAAUUCCAUAAAAAAUUAAAAACAGUUAAAUUGAUCAAUUUUGAGACCCAAGGUUGUGUUAUCAAUACAAUGUUUUAAUACUUAUAUAAGUACUUCAUUUUAGUUGUACGAGACUGUAUUUGUAUAGAAAGGAAGUGAUUGAUAAAAUUUAAUAGUUCAUACAUUCUGAGCACUAGCUAUUUAAUGGAUAUUAUUGAAAUAUGACGAUGGAUUAUAUUUGGUGAUUUGAUAGUUUUAUUGUCAAAAUUGAUUUGACUGAAGGUAUUAGAUCACUAAUAGAGAACCUCCUUUUUGAAGAGCAUUCAAUUCCUACCAUAAACCUACUUUUACUGCAAUUCUUAGGGGGGCGUAGGUUCAAGCCCUACUGGAACCAACACUUUUUUUAUUCUUAUUUUCCUUUCUUUCUAGUAAGUUUUUACUUCUUUCAAGACCUUAUUUUGAUUUUUUGUACAAAAAUGAAAAUAGGUGAAUCUUAUAAGAGAUUUUUUGGUGUUCAAACAGUACUUAAACAGAAGGGUAGAGUUACGCAUCUUUAAAAAUAUUAAGUUACACGCGGUGAAAGUUCUCUAUUUUGCUUUCAUUCUUAGAUUAUAUAUUGUGGAAGAAAUUUAGGUAGGUUUAACGUCUGCCCUAAGGUCAUUUUUAAAUGGAGUAAGCAAAAUUCAAAACAGAAACACAGCAUUCGACCUUAUUUUUUCAAUGUUGAAAUAUGAAUUCUGUCUCAUUAAAUCCAUUUACUUGAGACACCAUAGAAAAAAUGAUAUUGACAUUUUUAUUUUGUGUUUUAUAAUUGUUUACCAAUAGUUUGAUGUUUCUUUUAUUAAAAUUAAUGGUAAAAUGAGUUCUCUACAAACGUUUUGGAUAGUGGCUAUCACUUUGAGAUUUGUCUCUACUUGAGCUUGAGGAGAUACCAUAAGUUAAAAAAAAUAUAUAUAAAACGGCACGGUAAAAGUAGUUCAAAAAUGCAAAAUAGUGCAAAACACGGUUACCUUUCAGAAUAUACCAAGCAAAGGCCAAUUUUGUAAACAUUACUAUUAGUGAUAUAAUACCUGAAAUACAUUGCAAUGUUACAUGUAAACCAAAAACGGUUUGAAAUAUUGAAAGGUACUCAAGCUUUGUUUUACUUUUCAUUUGAUCUUAAAAUUCAUCACGAAACUAUUACAAAGUAGUGUUGAUGUCAUCGCAAUUUAUCAACUAGACUGUGAACAUGGAGAAGAUAUUUACUAGUGCUGACAGAUGCAUUUGUUUUCUACUCAUGAAAACAAGAGUUUACUUUAUAACAAGCUACGUUUCUCGUUUAGAUAUUACAGCAAGUAUUCACUCGUUGAAAAAUGUUGUAAAAUGUUAAAACAUUUUGCCACCUGAAACGAACAGAUAUCUGCUGUAUGUCAUCAGGUUUCUAAUUUUCCUUUAAAUUUCCUUAAUCAUUCAACUUUUCCGACAAAAAAGUAAGUUCAAAGUAGCCAAUGUUAGAAGAUCUAGGCGCUCCAACAAUAACAACAUUUAAUACAACUACGAUACAUCCGACACAAGACUAGCUUUUAAUUUUACACAUACCUUAUUUAAUAAGAGGGUAAUUGAUGUGUGAUAAUUAUAUCUCUGCUUCUUGCAUUGAAAUGAUUUAUAUAUAAUUAUUAUAUAUGUAGUUAGAUUAGUUCUGAUAACUUUAUUUAAUAAAUUUCAUUGGUAAAAUUGUAAUAAAUCACUUUUAAAGUGGUUCCUAUUGUUUAUAAAUCAUUGUUGUACUGUUAACUGUUAUUUUCACUCUAUUAAAAUUUUAAUUACUGAAA